AUGUCUCGUCAGUCCACCGUGAGGAUUCAGAGGGGAAGAAGUGGCUUCAGUGCUGCUUCAGCCGUCAUCCCAAACACUACCCGCACCAGCUUCAGUUCGUGCUCUGUCACCCGGCUCGGAAGCUGCAAUGCUGGCAGCGGGUUUUCUAGGGUUGGUGGUGGCUUUGGAAGCAAAAGCCUCUACAAUGUUGGUGGAUGCAAGAGGAUCUCUGUGGCUGGAAGGGGUGGUAGCUUCUAUGGAUCUGCAGGUUUUGGUGGUGGUAGUGUGUACGGUGGUGGCUUUGGCAUGCCAGCUAACCUUGGCUAUGGAUAUGGUGCAUUUGGUGGUGGCAUGGGUGGCCCUGGGGGCAUCCACGAAGUCUCCGUCAACCAGAGCCUUCUGAAACCUCUCAACUUGGAGAUUGAUCCCAACAUCCAAAGGAUCCGAAAGGAAGAGAAGGAACAAAUCAAAACCCUCAACAAUAAAUUUGCCUCCUUCAUUGACAAGGUCCGAUUCCUUGAGCAACAAAAUAAAGUGCUGGAAACCAAGUGGAGCCUGCUCCAGGAGCAGGGGAUGAAAACAGUUAGGAACAACUUGGAGCCACUUUUUGAGACAUACAUCAACAACCUCAGGAUGCAGCUGAACAGUUUGCUGAGCGACAAGGGAAGGCUGGAGGGAGAGCUCGUCAACACACAGUACCUGGUUGAGGAUUUCAAGAAGAAGUAUGAAGAUGAAAUCAACAGGCGCACAGUGGCAGAGAAUGAAUUUGUGACGCUCAAGAAGGAUGUAGAUGCUGCCUAUAUGAACAAGGUGGAACUACAAGCCAAGGUAGAUGCGCUGACUGAAGAAAUUAAUUUCCUGAGAGCCCUCUAUGAAGCAGAGCUGUCACAGAUGCAGACGCAGAUCUCCGACACCUCUGUCGUUCUCACCAUGGACAACAACCGAAACCUGGACCUGGACAGCAUCAUCUCGGAGGUCAAAGCGCAGUAUGAGGACAUCGCCAACCGGAGCCGGGCUGAAGCAGAGUCCUGGUACCAAACCAAGUACGAAGAGCUGCAGGCUACAGCAGGCAGGCACGGGGACGACCUCCGUAACACCAAGCAGGAGAUCUCCGAGCUCAACCGCCACGUCCAGCGGCUGAGGUCUGAAAUCGACAGUGUGAAGAAGCAGUGUGCCAAUCUGAAAGCAGCCAUCGCAGAUGCUGAGGAACGUGGGGAGCUGGCUCUCAAAGAUGCCAAAGCCAAACUGGCUGAGCUGGAGGAUGCUCUGCAACAGGCCAAGGCAGACCUGGCCCGGCAGCUCCGUGAGUACCAGGAGCUCAUGAAUGUCAAGCUGGCCCUGGACAUCGAGAUCGCAACCUACAGGAAGCUGCUGGAAGGAGAGGAGUGCAGGCUGGCUGGAGAUGGUGUCCCAGUGAAUAUCUCUGUGACCAGAACCACUGUGGGGACAGGGUACGGAGGAGGAAGCAACCUCAGCAUGGGAGGGGGAAUCUGCAACAUGGGGAACAGCUUCAGCUGUGGAAGCGGUCCCGGGGUUACCACCACCACCCUCGGGGGUGGCAGCAGCUCCAGCAUGAAGUUUGUCUCAACCUCCUCCACCAGAAGAAGUUACAGAAGCUAA